UUCCUAUUUACUUUGUUUUUUUAUUAUUCGUCGCGCAGGAGAAGUUACGUCUGCGAUGAAAAUAAAAGUAAAAAACUGAAAUAUUGAGCAGUUGGAAUAAUAACAGUUCUGUAUGUUUGGGAUUUCCUCGAUUCGGUCAAUCGUUUCCAACGCCAUUGCGAGUAGUAGCCCGUGUCUACUCCGCAGAGGCGUUACAUCGUGCACCAAGGAGUCAAUGUUUUGAAGGUGAAGAGAAAGAACAUUUCUAAUUAAUUGAGGAUGACGCAUCCGGGAAUGGCUUUUGUACUGGUUGUCGGGGUUGGUUUAGCAACAAUAUUGUAUUACAUGUUUGCGGAUUCGAAUAAUUCACAUAAUUCACAUCAUUCUCAUGGUGAUGGUGGCAUCCCUCCGGAUCCGCCGAAUAACUCGUGGACGUCUGGUGACAGAUCGAGAUAUAGAAAGAAGGAGUCUAGUGCUGGCAGUGAAAAAGCUAGCUGCACAAUUUGUCUGAAUGAUAUUGGCGUACAACAGAUUGUUUAUGUUCAUCCGUGUAGGCAUCACUUUCAUGAGUCUUGCAUUCAGGAGUGGAGAGAUCAGAGACAAAUGGAAAGUCACAACCUAUGUCCAAACUGUCGAAAAAAGAUUGAAUCUGUCCGUUGAACUCAGCAGCCAACUAUGUUAUCGAUUCCUUUUUUUACGCAAAGAUAAAACCACUUUCAUGUGAUUAGACCAAAGUCAUUUUUUUAUGUUUUCCACGGGCGUUACAAUUAUUUCUCAAUUGUCAGUCACCGAGUUGGGUAGGUUCACCCAAUAGUUAAUCAACCUAGUGAUACAUCUAGGAUUUUUUUAUUGGAAAAACAAUAUAUUUUAAUGGAGAAAUCUCA